AUGCGGUUCUGGUCCGCACCUACGGGCCUAUUCCCGUACUCAUUCGAUGAGGUGGUGUCAGUUUUCUGGGAAAGAUAUCCGAAUUCGUUCGCAAAGCAUAUUGUCUCAGAAGACGUGCUCGAGCGAGUGAUCACAGAACAUACGAUCAUUACGAAGAAGCUCAUUGUGAAACAUGGAAGCUCCAUUCUCAAGAGAGUACCUCGCUGGUUAUCGCGAAUGACUGAAAUAAGAACAGUGCCGGUAAUCGAAGAAAGCGUGUACGACCGCCGAACAAAAACCUUGACGACUUAUACGAGAAACGUGUCUCAUAAUGAAUUGUUCGCCAUGCAUGAGCGAUGUGUAUAUCGUCCAAGCAUGGACUCCCUGAAUAUUCCAAUGACGGACAUCAUGCGCAGUGUCUACAUUUCUAUACAAUGCGGUAGAAUGAGUUCGGUCUAUGAGAAGCUGAUGUUACUCGGCUUCAAGAAGUCUGUUGUUAACACGGGUAAGGGCUUGAUUGAAGUGCUGGAGCAACGAUUUGGUGUACGAAACCUUUCUGCAGUUCCUAAAGAGAAGAUGAAGAUGAUUCGUGACAAGCUCUUCAAAUCUUCCAAAUUUGGAUGGCAGUUUGAGGCUGAAUGUUCGGCGUUAAUACAUCCCUUGCUGAUGCGCCAAUUCGCCAUUGACGUUGAAUGGUAA